CAGGCGUCCAAAAUGGAGACAGUAUAAUUAGGCAAAUAAGCUUACUUGACCUUCCUCGACUUAACCGGCGAAUAAGCGGCCCCCCGCAGGAUACUUUUACUAGUCCUUAUAAAAACAAAAUGGAUCCCUUUUCCCUGUAGGGCCCAUCUUAUGACGAAAAAAAAGUCUUCCAACGGCUAUAUUACAAUUAUGAAAGAAUGAAAUGAAUAUACUGGGCCCUUUUUUUUUAAGUUCAACAAAGCCUAUGAUGACUAAUUGCUUUCAUUAAUACGCCAUCCCAAGAGUGCUUCAUUAAGAAGCCUCGGGAGAAUUUCCUCACUGUUGAUUGCAGCCGGUGCCGUUGUCGUUCCGCAAAAGAUUUUUUUUUUUUGGCAUUUCACCUUCUCGGCUUGUCUUCACGGUCUACUGCAAGAAGCCUUUUGACAGACAGGCCUUUCAUCCCCCCCCCCAAAAAGGGCCCAUUUUCUGAUAGGCCAGCAAAGGUAGCCAAUUAGAGUGGGACUGUGGCCCAAAGCGGUGAGAGUGGAAAAGGGAAGGAAACUCAGCCGCCAGUCAAGACACAGACAAGCAGAGAGAGAGAGAGAGAGAGAGGAGGAAAAGUAGUCCAAAGUCAGUGGAAGGUGAUGAAUUAGUACGUGAAAUCCGCAUAAGGCGGGGUGGAACAUCCCUAUUCUGAGACAAUUCGGGGUCUUGUGGUGUUUUUAUUUUUUUCCUGGGGGGGUAUGCAGUCUUUCAUGACGCCUGCUCGGAGAACUCGAGCUUAGCGAGAUGGUUGGGAGGCAAACGCACCGAAUGGACAGCGGCACUUGCUCCGUGACGGUGGUGGACGACAGCCCGAGCUCCAGCCCGGCGGGCCGGUUGCCGCCGCCUCCGCAGCAGCAGCAGGCCGGCGCAGGAGGCGGCAGGGGCCGGCCGGCGGCGGCCAACGCGGCGCGGGAAAGGAGCCGCGUACAGACCCUGAGGAACGCCUUCCUGGAACUGCAACGCACGCUGCCGUCGGUGCCUCCCGACACCAAGCUGUCCAAACUGGACGUGUUGAUACUGGCCACCACCUACAUUGCCCACUUGACUCGAACUCUGCAGGAGGAAGGCGCCGACGAAGGAGAAAGCACAAAGCACGCGGAGGCGUUACACUCGCUCAAAGGGGAAGGCUACUUGCACCCGGUCAAGAAAUGGCCGAUGAGGUCCAGACUGUACGUGGGAGCGAGCGGCCAUUUCCUGAACAAUCCUUCAGAACCUGAGAACCAAGGUCCAUCAUCAUCAUCAUCAUCCUCAUCCAGCUCAAAGUAAUAAUAAUAAUAAUACAUUUCAUUUAUAAGCGCCUUUCAAGACACUCAAGGUAACUCAUCCACACGGUUGCCAUUUGCAUAAGUGGUACCAAAAGACACGUUUAUUCCACUUGUAUCUAUAUAGGGAGACGCUGUAAAUUAAUAUAUGAUGUGAUAUGUUUUUUUUUCCUUAGUGUUGUCGUUUCAGUCUUUGUCUGUAUCGUGAGGCUCCAGAACCUCUCCAGUCUGCUCUUUUGACUGUAAUAAUAAUGAACCCCGUCAUGCUUGGAGUGUGCACUUCCAGCUUGAGACAUUUGCACUAAAAUGCAUGUGUGAAUAACUUAACAUCUGUCAUGUCAAGUGGUCUGUCAGAGGGUCAACAAUAGGGGGCUCCCAGUCUCAUGUUCCCUCCUGUUCAGUUUUUUGUUUUUGUUUUAAAUACAUGGUGCAUGCUUGGAGAGACGGUAUUUGUAAAAGGAUGGAAUAAAAUUGUAUCAUCUACUCCAUCGAGGCUAUUUAAGAGAAGUAAAGAGCAAUAAUAACUGAAACAUGGCUCACUGGUUGCAUCAGGUUACAAAUAAAGAUCCUUAAUAAUAGAAUGAAGAGGAUAAAUGUCGCUUAAUGAAUGUGUUUCAUGGUAGGAAAUAAUAACCCCCCCCCUAAAAAAAGUAUGAAUGUAAACAACAUUUGACAAGUACCUACCACCCCACAAUAAAUACUUUCAGCAGAUGUUUUCUUUCUAAAAAGUAUAUAUUUAAACAUCUUAAAUAUAGGAAACUAUGUAAACUGCACUUAAAGAUCCAACUCAAGUGUACUGCACGUAAAGGUUAAAUCAAAAUUGUAAAAACAAUCAGUCAUUAUAGAUCACACUGAAAUGUAUUAAAGGUUAAAGACAACUAAA